GCGUAAAAAGUUAGGACGGGGCUCCGGACGCACCGCGCAGCAGUCAUUAUCCCAGAGGCUCCAUGUGCGUCACCUCUGCGGGAUACUGGACAAGGAUUUCUGAUAUUUUGAUACCACUGCGAGCGCGGGCCACUGACAGAUGAAAACAUUGGCGUUUUGCUUUAUGUUAAGGCGUUUUCCUUGAACAGAUCAUCUGUCCCGGAGCGCAAAGGGGACAUGGGUCAACUUUAUGGUGCGACUCUUUUACCAUUUGGCGCUAUCUGUGUUGUUUUCCUUUGGGAAUCUGGUGCCAGCUCUAUCAGGACGACGCUUGGAGUGGACACCUCUAGGACGGAGUGUCCAGAUAAUAAAAUCUUGACAGUGGAGUACUCCUGUGUCAGAGCUGGGGGGAAGAACAGCACUUGUUUCAGGAGGAAAUGCUGUGAAGGAUUCAGGUUUGUGAUGGGCCAGUGCAUACCUGAAAGUGUGGAUGUGUGUGCUGCGUCGCCCUGUGAGCAGCAGUGUACUGAUAACUUUGGGCGAGUUGUCUGCACAUGUUACCCUGGCUAUCGGUUUGACCGAGAAAGACACCGCAACCACAAAUCUCCUUAUUGUCUGGAUAUUGAUGAGUGUGAGCACCCAGGCGGCAGCAUGUGUGACCAUGAGUGUGUGAACACAAUUGGCAGCUUCCUGUGUCGCUGUCGCAGUGGCUACAUACUAGCACCAGAUCAACGCUCCUGCAUCCCCGUUCACAACUUGAGUUCAUCGGGGAAAUCAGACACCUUGAUGAGUGCUGGUACCUGCUCAUUCACCUGUCAGGAUUUUAUGAGCAUGAAAAACAGUCUGUUGCAGCUAAAACUGAGGCUGGGAAACACACAGUUACAAAACCAGGUACCUGACCUGGACAACAGCAGUGAUAAACCAUCUCUGGGGAGGGCAGGAAAAGGUCCUGACAGCCCUUGUCUUCCUGGUCUACCCGGUCCUCCAGGAGCUCCUGGGGUCCCAGGGCACCCAGGAGAGCCAGGAAACAGAGGGGACCCAGGGGACUGGGGCCCGCCUGGCCCUAGGGGUCCACGGGGAGACAUGGGGCCCAUGGGUCCAGAGCCAGACCUGAAGCACAUCAAAAGAGGCCGCAGGGGGCCAGUGGGACCACCUGGGGCACCAGGAAGAGACGGACUAAAGGGUGACAGAGGAACUCCAGGUCCCAGAGGUCCACCUGGACCACCCGGCUCCUUCGACUUCCUUCUGCUAAUGAUGGCCGACAUCCGGAAUGACAUAAUUGAGCUGCAGGAGAAGGUGUUUGGGGAGCGACGAGGCAUCUCUCUAGACAGUCCUCCUCAUUCCAGUGGGGAUGUGGAUUUUGUAGAGUGGGGCUCUGGACAAGGAGAUCUCAUGCUCAAUACCUGACCUCUGACUUCUUUCCCACAGUAACAGUCACUCAAACACAGCAAAACAAACACCAAACUUUACUCUUUGUUUCUUCAUUGAUAAAGAAUGCUGGUGGUCAAGUGGCAACAUGUAAAUAAUUCCUAACCUCACAGCUGGGAUGAACUGGGCGAGGAGCCUUCAUUGCACUCUCAGCACUGCUACAGACAGACAAAACAGAGAGAAACAAGGAUAAUAAUAUCAGAAAUGGGACCACGGGCUCUCUCAACCUCUGCAAGCCAUGUCUUGCUGCCUUUCGUGUGCCGUGGAUGUGAGUGAGAGAUGUGCGUGCAGGACAUAGAGUGAGAAAGAUGCAGUGUGUGCCUUUAUGUCUGAGUCUCUGAGCUGUGCCUCUGAGCUGAACCACUUCAAACGAUGAACUUUAUCGUCUACAUCUCUUCCUGUUCCUGAGUCUGUCCGGGGAAGCUCUGCUGCCACUGACAGUUUGCCUGCAGGGCGCUGGUACAAAGACCCAGGACCCGCACUGUGAGCCUCUCCUGCACCUGUCUGCAGUAUCCAGCCAUCAAGUCUGAGCUCUGCAGCUAUUCUCUACUCUGAGGCAUCUUCAGAAACUAACUCAUGAGAUUCAUGAAUAUGGGCAGUUCCAGUAUUGAACUGUUGGACAAAAAAAAAAAGAGUAAUGCCUAAUGUAUUUUGGAAAUUCUACAAUAAAACAACUCAAGUUUAAGUUUGAUAAAAAAACAAAACAUAUAGUGCUGCAGUGCCUUAUGUUCAUCUAAUUGUAAUGUAAAAGAGAUGUAGACAAUCAAAACUUUAAACUAAAAGGAUGAAGUGGAUUUGUGAAUCGGGAUGGGUCGGGAGGCAGAAAAUUACAUUUAAAAUCACUUUUUUAACAAGUAUAUUAUCAGGCAAGUUCACCAUGAGCAUAUUCUUAAUUGAAGAAAAGGAAAGAACAGUUACAUGGGAAAGAAGUUGCAUAUAUUCUCAUACUUACACCUGGGAGUUGAAACAAAGGCAUUAAAAAGGUGCAAGGUUUUUACUGUGAAGGAGCUGCUAA